CCGGAACGACUGACUUCUCGUUGCCUGUGAAGUUCUUACUUUUUCUUGUAGCUACGCGAGGCAUAACAAACUCAACAAUAUAUACAGAUUAAAAUGGCUGGAACGGCUUCAGUCGCUGGCGAAGUGUUCGUCGACGCUUUGCCAUAUUUCGACCAAGGUUACGAUGCAGCAGGUGUCCGAGAAGCGGCCGCAGCAUUGGUGGAGGAGGAAACCAGAAGAUACCGACCAACCAAGAACUACCUGAGCUACUUGCAAACGCCGGACUUCUCUGCGUUUGAGACAGAAAUCAUGAGGAAUGAAUUUGAUCGGCUGGCGGCUCGGCAGCCCAUGGAUCUCCUGAGCAUGAAGAGGUAUGAGCUGCCGGCACCCUCGUCGGGACAGAAGAACGACAUUACGGCCUGGCAGGAGUGUGUGAACAACUCAAUGGCCCAGCUGGAGCACCAGGCGGUCCGCAUUGAGAACCUGGAGCUCAUGUCGCAGUACGGAACCAACGCGUGGAAAGUCUACAACGAUAACUUGGCCUUCAUGAUUGAAAUGGCCCAAAAGGAACUCCAGAAAUUCAGGAAGCAAAUUCAGGAUUUAAACUGGCAGCGCAAGAACGACCAGUUGGCAGGAGGAGCCAAGCUGCGAGAGCUGGAGUCAAACUGGGUGUCCCUGGUCAGUAAAAACUUUGAGAUUGAGCGGGCCAUCGUCCAGCUGGAGAACGAAGUAACUCAGCUGAGACAACAGCAGGGCGACGAGAACAAGGAGAAUAUACGGCAGGACUUCUAGAGCAGCUGAUGUCACGCUCGCAGCACUGAUCCACAAACUGCUGAUCCCUCAAUCGGAACGAUGACUUCUUGUUCCAGCAACUGACUAAGCGGCAACAUGGGGAGGGCUACCUGUAUGGAGAUGGAACGUGAAACCGCUCAUGUUUAACUGCAUCGUGAAAUAACUUUCGCCAUUCAGAAGUAGCAGUGAAGAAACCUUUUACGCCACUUGUACACACAGUGAAACGGAUGAAUUGUGGGAUAAUGCAGCUUUUGAACUCAACCCUUUUUUUCCAAACUUAAGCAAGACCAGAUAUUGUUUUCAACCGGAUAAGUCAGUUUACAGAUGAGUUGAAUUUAUAUGCAAUCAUUUACAUCUUGUGAAAAAUACAACAAUGCACAUCAAUUGAUUCUUGGUGAUCAAUGUUGGCAAAACACACAAUGAAUAUUGUGUCCCCAACAUUGCAAAGUUGGUUCAUUGGCUUUGAUUAUUUUCUUGUGCUACAGAUAUUCUGGCAUUAAUCUGAAAAUGUACACAAUCUGGAUUUAAUGUGCAAUUCAAACCAACAGUCUUCAAGAAUUGAGUGUAAAUAGUUUGUCCAGUCUGUCAGUUUCAUCUUCACUUCCUGUCAUUCUUUUGUAUGAUCUUUUAAUAAAAUGAACAUUUCUUGUAUUUGA